GGCGUGGCUUUUCAGUCGCUUCUUCUGUGUUGUUGGUGGCAAACCCUCGUGACGAUUAUCGGCCCGCCUGUUUCAACUUUUAAUGCCCUCAACUCGAUAAUAUUGUUGCUACCACCUGCUGUGCAUUUCCGAUUUGCUUUGUUUGAAUUUCAUGAAUGAGUACACAACAACACAACGUUUUAAAGGUAUAUUCUACAAAUAAUGCCAAGACAGCGGCUCCAGCUCCUGGUCCUGUCUUAACCACCGAAACUAGUUCCACUACAACAGAACCAAGCACUCAGACUACAAAUACAGUCUCCAACAAUGCGUCAUCCACCACAAGAGUUUUGGUGCCUGCUUUCCUCAUUCCAAAUCCUGAUGGAACGUCUGCACUAGCCCACAUUGUGCCGUCCACACAAGCUGGACCUUCACAAACCCUUCAGAACCUCAUCAUCAACUCAACAGCUCCACGAUCCAAUUUGCAGUCCCCCAACACUGUAUUUGGAAUGCUGACUCCCGUGCUAAGUGGAGGUCAAGGUACUGUCAAAGUUGUAACUCCUUCAUCAACUGGAGGCGCAAAGAUUAGUAUCACUCCAGGAGCAACUCCAACGCCUAAAGCUACAACUUUGGCCACUGCCAACCGCACCUUUCCUGUGACUAAAGUGUCCGGCAGUGAAGUAAAAGUCCUUCAGCCUGCUCAAUUUGGGCAUCAUCAACUCUUAAACCAGCUCAAUUUAUUUUCCACCGCUCAGCUGUCUAAGAAGACGCAACCUGAAGAGAUGGACUCUCAAAAUCCAACAUUAGGCGAAGGUCAAACUCAAAAAUUGGAAGGCAGCAAUAUAGCGUAUAAAAAGUUGGCAGAUGGGUCAUAUGUGCCCAUCCUGAAUGAAUUUCCCAAUCUGAUCACAAUUCAUGGGCUGACUAGCGAAAAACCAAAUACUCCAGAUGAUAGUAGCAUUACUGUUGCCUCCAAGAAUCCAGAAGAAGAUGUUGAGGAUGAUUCCACGAAAGACAUAGUGCUAGAAACUGAUGAGAAAAUGGAUGACAUAUGCGACUUGGAUGACUCUGUCAGCACAAGCGUUAUCGGAUCAAUGAGCAAGGAUGACGCAGAAAGUGGUAAUGAAUCCAUCGAAGCUGCAGAAAAUACAGAUCAAAAAAACGAUGAAGAUGCAUCCAACAAGCCAACAACUCCUAUGAGACAGUUCAAACGACCAAGCAUCUUGGGUGCCAAGAAAAAAGAUAAACCUUCGCAAGCCAUGUUGAAAGAAAAGCUGAAGGAGGAGCUGAGGCGCAUGGAUGCUCAGGAUAAGAGUGUUGAGAGUAACAAGAAGAAGAAACCUAAGUUUUUCCGAGACAAAAAGACAGGUGCAAAAAUCGCACCAAAAAUAGACCAAAGUCUAAUAAGACCUGCUAUUGAAGACUUCGACCCUGCAAACUUAUUGGAAUGGAGAGAUGGAGUUGGUGUUCUUCCAGGAAGCAACUUGAAAUUUCGUGUAAAUGAGUUGGGACUCAUGGAGCUUGUUGAAGAAUCUGAAGGUUCUGACAUGGAACUUGACACAGAUGACUUGCUGAGGAAGUGCGAGAAUAUCCCAAUCAUUCAGAAAACAAAAUCGGAUGUAGAUGAUGCUGUACCAAAGAAAAGAGCAAGAAAAGAAAAGGUAAGCUCUUAUAGCACCUGCUGUUGCGAGCAAUGUGGUUGCUAUGGAUUGGCAUCGGAAUACAUUAAACAAAGAUUUUGCAGCACAACUUGUUCAGACAAAUUUGAAAAGCGCAAAGCUGCUGCCCAAAAGAAGAAGGAACAGGAGGAAAUGGAUCGCAAGGAAAAAAGUAAAGCAGAAGCAGCUGAGGUGGAAUUGAAAAAAAUCGACGUCUCUAAGUGGACAUUAUCGGCUACAGGCUCCGAGGAAGGCACUAGCGAAACUCUGCCUUGUCCUGAGUCUCCAGAUCCUGAGGUUCCUUCAAGUGCUGCAGAGAGCGUGCCGGGUGACAGCAAGCCAAACACAGAGCCCAAUUCGCCUGCUCCUUCUUCCUCUGCAACCCCAGUAAGUGAUCAAGAUGAGGACUCGAGAAAUCCUGAGGGUUACCCUAACGAUAUGCCAUGGAUUAACUUUAACACUGACCGCACACCGAAUUUCUUGUGGCCAAAAUAUUUGGAGUUUACGAAGACAAGAGCAGCUCCAGCCAAACUCUUCGAAGAAGGUGGCUUUCCUGACAGAGCAAAUGGAUUUAGGCCUGGAAUGAAACUAGAGGGCAUUGACCCGAGGAUGCCCGCUCAGUUUGUCGUCCUGACUGUUGUUUCUACUAAAGGAUUUCGAGUAAAGAUGCACAUCGAUGGCGCAAGCGACUCAACAGACUUUUGGGUAAAUGCAGAUAGCAAAGACAUCUUCCCAGCCGGGCACUGCGAAAAGAUUUCGCGGAAGUUAUCUCCACCAAAAGCAGUAUCAAAGAAGUUCAACUGGGCGCAUUAUGUUAAGGCGACAAACGCCACUCUUGCUCCAAGGAACCUGUUUGUCCACAGACAAACAAGCAAAAAUACGAUUGGGCCCAGUGGCUUUAGGAUAGGAAUGAAACUAGAAGCCCUGGACAAAUCCAACCAUGAACUUGUUUGUGUUUCCACUGUGAGAGACAUUCUUGGUGGCAGGAUUUUGAUCCACUUUGAUUCAUGGGAUGACACAUACGAUUAUUGGGUUGAUCCUUCGUCCACUUUCAUUCAUCCCAUCGGCUGGUGUGAAUCUGUUGGAAUUGAAUUGGUUCCUCCUAAAGGAUACAGAGAAUUCAACUGGGAUGAUUACCUGAGGGAAACAAAAAGUCAGGCCGUGCCCCAUAGAGCGUUCAAGCCAAAACCAAGCCUAGGUUUUAAAAGGGGCAUGAAAUUAGAAUGCGUUGAUCCACGAUUCCCACAGUUAAUACGGGUUGGUUCCAUUCUUGAAGUCAGGAACAGCAGGCUUCAUAUUGGUUUUGACAACUGGCCGCUUGAAACUUCAACCUGGAUGGACAGUGACUCUCCAGACAUACACCCAAUGGGAUGGUGCAACAAAACUGGUCACCCUCUUGGUCCCCCACCAGUCCCGGGCGUUGAAUACCAGUGUUACACUCAAGGCUGUCGCGCUCUUCUGAAAAACAGCCAGUUUGUGUUGCCACACAUGGGCUCUUGUCCUUUGUCGACCUCUAACCUGGCCAAAGCUAGGUUCUGCAGGUACAGUGAGACAAAGCUUAAGCAGGUGGAGAAGGUGGAGAUGAAAUUGGAGGAAGAAGAAGUUCCCGAAGAGGAAGAGCAAGACACCACUUUGGGAAUUCCCGAGGAUACUCAAACAGAGGUUCCAAUUGGUCGCAACAAGAAGAAGAGAGGAAUUGAGCCUGCUCAACCGCCUAUCAACCCACAAUCAGUUCGCUCGGAUGUGCACGAGUCAGUAUUCAGACCAGGUUACGCUCCUUCAGUGAAGAAUAUGCCAGUGGCUAAAGCAACUCACGCUAAACUGGUUAACUGGAGCAAGAUUGAGGGCAAAUUUGAUUUGAGUAUUGAUGGAGUGAAGAAGUGGACUCCAGAAGAAGUUUGCAGUUUUGCAGAUCAAGUACUUGGAGCAGCAGACACACCCAAAAAAUUUGUGGAAGAGAAUAUCAGUGGGGAUGCCUUUUUAAUGUUGAGCCAAUCUGACCUUGUGGAGCUUCUUGGCUUUAAAAUUGGACAAGCUGUGAAGAUUUUCAACAGCAUUCUCCUACUCAAAGAAGAUUAUUGAGUUGUCCAUCGCUUGAUUACAUUUUUCUUUUCUUCAUUUUAAUCCUUCCAACCUUUAUUUUAUCAUGAAACUUUUCUGAUGCCUAUCUUAUACUUAUUUGCUGUGGCAGCGAAAUUUAGAUUAAACUUCUUCUGAUCAUGGUUUGACAAAUCAUUGCUGCAAGCUCUUUUGUUAAGUUGCUUCUUUGAAAGGAAUAGCAGCCGCAAUGAUCUCUAUCCACUUCACCAAGAAUCUGUUCAUAAAGUUAGAUGUAUUUUUAUUUUAUAAUCAUUCCCUCACCUGUUAAGUGAUUAGAGUCCUUUUAAUCUGAUUUACCCUUUUGAAAAACUAAUUGGAAUUUACCUGACUUUUAGUUUCAAAAAGGAUAUAAGCUGUAAAUAUAAAUAAAAUUUGCAACUAGGUAUCGUAAAAGAA